ACUACCACGUCUGCAGCUGGGAGAGAAGGGAAGAGGAGAGGGUAUCAAAAUAAGCCGACUGUAAGAUAGUGAAGAGAGGACAGCGAUGAGUUAAGACUGCUUCAAGGAAACAAAUUCGGCUGCAACAUCUGGAGCGAAGCGCAAGCUGAAUUUGGACAUAAAACACGCACAGCCCGCAGCUGCAGAGCCCCCUUCAGACUUCCUGCUUCCACUAACGUCCCAUAGUUUUGUUCAAAUUCACCAAAACGCGAGAAGAAUGCACAGACUGGACAAAUCCCUCACGUGGUUUAAGUAAUCGAUCAACAAGUUGCAGAAGCGCACCGCUGCUAUCUUCUGGGAACUCUUUUGCGCCAGAUCGAUCUCGGUUGCGCCUGGAAAGUCGUUCAUGGGAUACGUUUUUCACAGAUGAUGUUCUGACAAAGAGCAAAGUGAAGUUUGCGCGAGCCGUUACAAGAUCUGUCCAUUUUUGUACUGUUUUUUUUUUCUUUGGAGAGUCGAGUGAUGGCACCGGAGCUCAAAUCGCUCGUCCGUCUGCUGCUGCUGGCUGUGGUGUGGGAGCUGAGCGCACAGGGGGAGACGGUGCGCCAAAUCAACCCAGAGUCAUGGCUGCAGCAGUACGGCUACCUGCCCCCGGGGGACAUGAGGACCCAUUCCCUCCGCUCCCCUCACUCCGUCUCCUCGGCCAUUGCAGCCAUGCAGCGGUUCUACGGCCUCACCAUCACGGGCACCUUUGACGCCAAAACCAUUGAGGCCAUGGGCCGACCACGAUGUGGCGUGCCGGAUAAGUUUGGUGCCGAGUUGAAGAGCAACCUGAGGAAAAAGCGAUACGCCAUCCAGGGCCUGAAGUGGAACAAGAACGACAUCACGUUCUCCAUACAGAACUACAGCCCCAAGGUGGGCGAGUACGAGACCCACGAAGCCAUCAGGAACGCCUUCAAGGUGUGGGAGAGCGUCACGCCGCUCCGUUUCCGGGAAAUCCCAUACAGCUACAUACGAGACAAGGUGGAGGAGUUUGCAGACAUUAUGAUCUUCUUCGCCGAGGGUUUCCAUGGUGACAGCAGCCCGUUCGAUGGCGAGGGGGGCUUCCUGGCACAUGCCUAUUUCCCCGGCAAUGGCAUCGGCGGGGACACCCACUUUGACGCUGCCGAGCCGUGGACUACUGGAAACAAGGAUCUGUUAGGUAAUGAUGUGUUCCUGGUUGCGGUGCAUGAACUGGGCCACGCUCUGGGUCUGGAGCACUCCAACGACCCUUCAGCGAUCAUGGCUCCUUUCUACCAGUGGAUGGACACAGAGAACUUCCAGCUUCCUGACGAUGAUCGCAGAGGCAUACAGCAACUUUAUGGGUCUGGAUCAGGUCCUCAGCCCCCUCCUGUUACACCCCGCACACCCUACCACAGCCCCCAGCCCACAUAUUCACCGGACAAGCCUCGCUUUGGCCCCAACAUCUGUGACGGACACUUUGACAGCAUCGCUAUCCUCAGAGGAGAAAUGUUUGUGUUCAAGGAUAAAUGGUUCUGGAGGGUACGCAACAACCAUGUUCUGGACGGAUAUCCCAUGCCAAUUGGUCACUUUUGGAGGGGGUUGCCCACUCACAUCAAUGCUGCUUUUGAAAGGGAGGAUGGGAAAUUUGUUUUCUUUAAAGGGGACAGGUAUUGGGUGUUCACUGAAUCCAUUCUGGAUCAUGGUUACCCUAAGAGUAUAAAGGAAAUGGGCAGCGGGCUUCCCAAAGAUCGGAUAGACGCUGCUCUCUACUACACCCCAACUGGACAGACAUUUUUCUUCCGAGCAAACAAGUAUUACCGUUUCAGCGAAGACUCACGAAGUGUUGAUGAUGGUUAUCCAAAGUCAGUUAGUGUGUGGCAGGGAGUACCUGACAACAUCAAGGCAGCCUUCAUGAGCAAAGACCAAGCAUACACCUACUUCUACAAAGCCAACAAGUACUGGAAGUUCAACAACCAGGUGAUGCGUGUGGAGCCGGGAUACCCCAAAUCAGCCCUUCGUGACUGGAUGGGUUGCCCCAACGAAGACCCCAAGACGGACGGAGGAAGAGGUGGCGGUGGACACGACAAGGACAAGGAGAGGGAGAAGGAGAAGGAACGCGAGGAUAAAGACAAAACCACAGAUAGAGAGAGGGAUAGGGAGGAAAAGGAAACGGAGAAGGAUACGGAGGUGAUCAUUAUUGAAGUGGAUGAGGAGGAAGGGGUUGGUGGAGGCAGCGGAGCAGCGGCGGUGGUGGUGCCGCUGUUCCUGUUAGUGUGUGUGAUUGCAACGCUGGCAGCCUUGGUGUUUUUCCGUCGGUACGGUACCCCACGCCGACUCCUCUACUGCCAACGAUCUUUACUGGACAAGGUGUAGACGCAGGAGGAGGAGGAGGAGGAGGGAGAGAAGAAGGAAAGAGGAGGGAAAAACAGGGAGAGAAAGAGAAAAAAAGUGGAAGAAAAUGUUGAACACAGAUCAUAAGAGCAGGAAAGAAAGAGAUAAAACUGGGGAAAGAGCAGAAGGAAAAGCACCAGACUUGCAUUUUAAAAUAUUCUUACCACUGUCAGAUUCCUUCUGCUCUAUCUCUCAACCACUCCGUCCUUCCAUUUUUUUUCUUUUUUCUCUUCCCUCUGUCUCUGCCUGCCUCGUGGUUACUGACGCCAGCUCAUUGCUGUUUGUUUUAGCCUUUUUCAAUGUCUUAUUUUUAGUUUUUGUCAGUGGUCAGUGUUUGUGUCCUCGUGAAUUUCCGCUUUGAACCUGCAUCUUCACGAUGCCCAUCCUAGCAUGUUCCUUUGAGUAAGCAAAGAGCGCGUUCGACCGCUCGUUUCUCCCCCUUGUUAACUUACACACACUCACAUUAGUACACACAUUUGGAAACCACAGUGGCGCAGUCAUUGUGUUCUCAAUCUUCCAGUAAAGUAACACGUCAGAGCCAGUUAAGGACCAUAAAAGGGGAAGAAAACAUUAGCUUAAGUCCUUAUGAAGCAUGAGAUACACUCAUAUCAGAGUAAAGCAAUAAAUGCGACUGUGUCUUUUCCUUUUUUAUAUCAAUGUCUUUAAUGCUGAUUAUUAUUAUAAAUGAUGUUGUCACUAUUAUUAUGACUAUUACUAUUAUUGUUGUUGUCCUCUGUUUAAAGAAUGUGUUUUUGUACAUUGUCAUUAAAAAGUCCUGCUGGACAGUGACAUACAGUUUUGAAAGUGGCCUUAAUUUUAUAUAUGUGGGGACAGUGAAUGGGGAAGGGGGUUAUGUAUUCUUGAAACUUGAUUGUUUUUUUUACCUACCUUGAAUCCAUCUCAAAUGAAAAUAAAUUGAAGAUCUGAAAAUGACUCCUUUUUGUCAUUGUACUUGUUUACAAAUCAUGGUGCUACAUUACUAGUCAGGGGUUAUGCGCAGUUUAAUGACAAUGAUAAUGAUACUAGUGAUAAUGAUAAGAUUGAUAAUGAUCUAGUUUCCUCAAUGAGA